GUGCAGAAACACACCUCUUUUCUCAUGUCACUCACCCAUCCCCAGGAUUGUCUUCGGCGUUGUAUGAAAUUCGGUCUCAGUCCACGACUGUGGCGUGGUUGUAUAAGGGCUUGUGUUAAUAUCUUCUGUUCGCUACAGCCAUGAGGGGUCCUCGUUCCCUUGGAGUCGUGAUCAAACUCGGAACCAGUUCCAUUGUGGACGAAAAGACACAUGAACCCCUUCUAUCCACUCUCACCCUAAUAGUCGAGACGGCGGUCAAACUACGAAAAGAUGGGCACAAAGUCAUCAUCGUGUCUUCCGGCGCCAUUGGAGUUGGUCUCCAAAGAAUGGACGUUGAGAGGAGACCAAAACAUAUCUCGAAGUUGCAGGCCUUGGCAGCUAUCGGACAGUGUCGCCUAAUGAGUCUAUGGGAUAGCUUGUUCAACCAUCUUAGACAGCCUAUCGCCCAGAUCUUGCUUACCAGAAGCGAUAUUUCCGAUCGGUCACGAUACCUCAAUGCGCAGAACACUAUACAUGAGCUGCUCGAUAUGGGCGUGAUCCCCAUCGUCAACGAGAACGAUACGCUGGCCGUAUCCGAAAUCAAGUUUGGUGAUAACGAUACUCUGUCAGCCAUCACCGCCGCCAUGGUCCACGCCGAUCUCCUCUUCCUCAUGACCGACGUCGACUGUCUCUAUGACAAGAACCCCAGAACCAACCCUGACGCCCAGCCGAUCGAGGUUGUGGAAGAUAUCGGCGCCCUUGUUGCCGAUGGUAAGUGGCCCCUUUUCGCUGCCCCGUCUCGGUGUCUCAGAACCUCCUUCCUAACCUGUGCUUCCUACUUCCCAGUCUCCCAAGCCGGCUCAUCGCUCGGCACAGGCGGCAUGUCCACCAAGAUCGUAGCCGCCCGCCUCGCCACCUCCGCCGGUGUCACCACCGUCAUCACCCGCUCUUCCAACCCGGGUAACAUCCACAAGAUCGUCAAGCACAUCCAAGGUAGCCACUCCCCGGCCUCUCUCACCACCCAGGUCAACCACCCCUCCACCGCCGCUCUCGCCUCUCUCAACAACGGCUCCGGCUCCGGCACCUCCACCCCGGCCGCCGCGGCUGCCACCCCGAGCAUCGAGCAAGCCCCAGCCGUCAUCGAUCGCAGCCAGAUCCCCCUGCACACGCGCUUCCUCCCCUCGCCCUCGCCCGUCCGCGACCGCUACUUCUGGAUCCUGCACGGCCUUCGCCCGCACGGCACUCUGUACAUCGACCAGGGCGCGUACAAGGCUCUUCUCGGCAAAGCCGGCCUGCUGCCCGUCGGCGUGGUCGACGUCGAGGGCUUCUUUGCUCAGCAAGAGGCCGUGCGGCUGUGCGUUGUUGAUAAGCGCAGGUCUACGCCCGGUCCGGACGGCAAGAUGUGGGAGGGCGAGGCGGUGGAGGUGGGCCGGUGCCUGACCAACUACGCGAGCGCGGAGAUUGCAAGGAUCAAGGGACACCAGAGCGUGGAGAUUGGGCAGUUGUUGGGGUAUGCGGAUAGCGAGUAUGUGGCGCAGAGGGAGAGUGUGAGUUUCUAUAAUACGGUGAGUAGGCCGGCUAGUCCUGUUGGGGGACAUCGGGCUUGAAGGGUCGAGGUAGGGUAUGGUAUGGUAGAGGAGGUGCGGUUAUACCAGAGAAAAAACAUAGACGGGGUUUGCAUCUUGGGAUUACAUGUUGAAAGCAAAGUAAACAGAAACAACUUGAGUAUGUUGCGUGGGUUGGAAUUUGG